AGAAAUAAAGAGAAAGAGAUAUUGAAGUUGUUGCAAAUAAAGAGAAACAUGUAGCAGUAGAAAAAGCAGAAAGAAAUUGAUUAUAUAGUAUACAAGGAAGUUGAAGUUGUAGUUUCUCUCAUCUCUUUCUUUAUUUCACAAUUUCUUUGCUGUUACCAAUCAAGGAAAAAAAACAUAAGUAAAUGAUAAUGAUGAAACCUCCCAUGCACCCAGCAACCUGAGAGAGCAUGAAUCUCUCUCCAUCAAACCCUCCUUUCCCUUAAAUUUACCUUCUGUAAACACCAAGCUUCUCUAAAACAGCUCCAUAUGUCUUUCACUUCCCUAUUUCACAUAACCAUGAAGAAACCUCCUUUUCUCCCAUCUCUGCUCCCAUUUUUCUUGUAUUUACUGACAUCAUCUCUGCUUGUCUUCUCGGCUUCUGCAUCACCACCUCCACUCCCUUUGGUUUCUCUUCUGUCGUUAAAAUCAUCCCUCAAAGACCCUCUUUCAAGUUUUGGAGAUUGGGACCCUACUCCCACGUUUUCCAAGCCUAGUUUUGAAGACCCGGUUUGGUGUGCAUGGUCAGGUGUCAAGUGCAAUCCUAAAACAGCUCAAGUCACGUCUCUUGAUCUCUCUCGUCGCAAUCUCUCUGGUGUUAUUCCCCCGGAAAUAAGGUAUUUGACUGGCUUGGUGAACUUGAAUUUAAGUGGGAAUUACUUUGAUGGGCCUCUCCAACCAGCUAUUUUUAAACUCAGUGAACUUAGAACUCUUGAUAUAAGCCACAACUCCUUCAACUCAACGUUCCCGCCCGGGGUUUCUAAGCUUAGGUUCUUGAAAGUCUUCAAUGCAUACAGCAACAAUUUCAGGGGUCCAUUACCGCAAGAGUUUGUACGGUUACGGUUCUUGGAACAGCUCAAUCUUGGGGGCAGCUACUUUGAAGGUGAAAUACCAGCUGGUUAUGGAAGCUUUACCAGGUUAAAGCUGCUUGACUUGGCAGGGAAUGCACUACAAGGCACUUUACCGCGUCAACUUGGGUUCUUGACUCAGCUUGAGCGCAUAGAGAUUGGCUACAAUGCUUUUUCAGGCACCAUACCAGUAGAAUUUGCACUGUUACCCAACCUCAAGUACUUGGACAUCUCGAAUUGUACUCUUUCAGGUUCACUUCCGAAAGAACUCAGCAAUUUAACUAAGUUAGAAGUUUUGUACUUUUUCAAGAACAGCUUCACAGGUGAAAUCCCGGAGAGCUACACCAAGUUGAAAGCUCUCAAGGUCCUUGAUUUAUCCGACAACCAACUCAGUGGAACAAUUCCAGAAGGGUUAUCUUCCUUAACGGAGCUAACAUGGUUGAGCUUAAUUAACAACAACCUUUCUGGUACAAUCCCAGAAGGCAUCGGUGAGUUAACAAAUCUCAGCACUUUACUUCUCUGGAACAACAACCUGAGCGGCAUUCUCCCACAGAAACUAGGUUCAAAUGGGAAGUUGCUAAGUCUUGAUGUCUCGUCGAACUCUCUCACGGGUCCAAUUCCUCCAAAUCUUUGCUAUGGAAACAGGCUUUUCAAGCUCAUCCUUUUUAACAACAUGUUCACGCAUGAGCUCCCGGCAAGCCUUGUAAACUGCACGUCACUCUCAAGGUUCCGAAUCCAAAACAACCUUCUCAACGGUACCAUCCCAUAUGGCUUCGGACUCCUAACAAACCUUACGUUCGUGGACAUGAGUAAGAACAACUUCACCGGUGAGAUUCCUCAUGAUCUUGGCUAUGCACCAACUUUACAGUUCCUCAACAUCUCCGAGAACUCUUUCAACGUCGCAUUGCCGAGCAACAUUUGGGGUGCACCGAGCUUGCAGAUUUUCUCGGCCAGUUCAGCCAAGCUAACAGGCAAAAUCCCAGACUUCAUCGGCUGUAAAAACGUGUACAAAAUCGAGCUCCAAGGUAAUUCUCUAAACGGAAGCAUCCCCUGGGACAUUGAUCAUUGUGAAAAGCUCUUGUCUUUGAAUUUAAGCCGCAAUUUAUUUACUGGAAUAAUUCCAUGGGAAAUAUCGACGCUUCCUUCAAUAACUGCAGUUGAUCUUUCCCGUAAUAUGCUCACUGGAACUAUCCCUUCGAACUUCGAAAACUGUAGCACUUUAGAAAAUUUCAAUGUCUCCUAUAAUUUGCUAACCGGCCCGAUCCCAUCGUCCGGUCCAAUAUUUCCCAACUUACACCCUUCCUCAUUUUCCGGCAACGACGGACUUUGCGGCAGAAUUUUAGCGAAACCGUGCCCGGCUGAGGCGUUGGCCUCAGGUGACAUGGAAGUUCGUAACAAGCAGCAGCAGCCAAAGAAAACGGCUGGAGCUAUCGUUUGGAUUAUGGCAGCCGCUUUCGGGAUUGGUUUGUUUGUUCUCGUAGCUGGGACCCGUUGUUUCCAUGCAAAUUACAGCCGUAGGUUCAGCGACGAUCGCGAAAUCGGUCCGUGGAGAUUGACCGCUUUCCAGCGGUUGAAUUUCACGGCUGAUGAUGUGCUAGAGUGCCUGUCCAUGACGGAUAAGAUCAUAGGGAUGGGUUCCACGGGAACAGUGUACAAAGCAGAGAUGCCAGGUGGCGAGAUCAUAGCGGUGAAGAAGCUAUGGGGUAAGCACAAAGACAACAUCAGACGGAGGAAAGGGGUGUUGGCGGAGGUGGACGUGCUGGGGAACGUGAGGCACCGUAACAUAGUGAGGUUGUUAGGGUGUUGCAGCAACAGGGAGUGCACGAUGCUGCUCUACGAGUACAUGCCAAACGGGAACUUGGACGACUUGUUGCAUGGUAAGAAUAAAGGGGAGAACUUGGUGGCGGAUUGGGUGACAAGGUACAAAAUCGCUCUUGGAGUGGCUCAAGGUAUUUGUUAUCUUCACCAUGACUGUGAUCCGGUGAUCGUCCACCGUGAUCUCAAGCCCAGUAAUAUUUUAUUGGACGGUGAGAUGGAGGCCAGAGUGGCAGAUUUCGGGGUUGCCAAGUUGAUCCAAAGUGACGAGUCCAUGUCCGUCAUUGCUGGGUCCUAUGGCUACAUUGCUCCAGAAUAUGCUUAUACUCUCCAAGUUGAUGAAAAGAGUGAUAUCUACAGCUUUGGGGUGGUGUUGAUGGAGAUUUUAAGUGGAAAAAAAUCGGUGGAUUCAGAAUUUGGAGAUGGGAACAGCAUUGUUGAUUGGGUGAGGUCUAAAAUCAAGAACAAAAACGGAGUUAUUGACAUUUUGGAUAAAAAUGCAGGGGCAUCAUGUGCAUCGGUGAGGGAAGAAAUGAUGCAGAUGCUUAGAAUUGCAUUGCUAUGCACCAGCCGGAACCCGGCGGACCGGCCGUCGAUGAGGGAUGUGGUGCUGAUGCUGCAAGAAGCCAAACCCAAGAGGAAAAUGCUGGAAAGUGUAGUUAAUGGAGGCAAUGUGGUUCGUGUUGGUGCUGAUGGGACUGACGAUUCUUUAGCACAAAAGGCUACUGUCGAAUGUUAAUAUAUGAUUAUUUUUACGAGGGUUUCUUUCUUUCUUUCUUUCUUUUUUUUUUUUUUGUGGCGGGGUUAUUUUUAAAAAUGGUGGGGAAUUGGUAUAGGAGAAGCGAUUUUCUUUUUUCAUUUUCCUUUUUAUUUUAAUGGAAUUUUCAAGUGUUAUUGCUCUAAUUUCUCUGGUGUUAUCUUUGAAUCAGUACUAUUAUGACAUUGAUAUUGCAGCUUAAUUAUAUUUGAAGAGUGCUAAUGAUGUUUACCACUAA